UGGCGCCCAGGCAGCUGGGUGGGGGCGGGGGAGCUGCCAGCCCGCCAAGCCCCAGACCUGGGAGGGGAGGCCCCUCCUGUUAGCCCAGAGGGAAAGAAGGAACUGGGGCGAUCCGGGAAGGCCAUAGCCACAAUGCUUAACUGCAUGCUUCCAACAUGGGGCUGGUUUUAACCCAGCGCUCUGACCUAAACUGCUCAGCUCCCGGAAAUUCCAAGGAGGAACCUGGUGGCCUUAGUCCUUCAGGUGGAUCAACCUGCGACAUGGGAAAGAAAACCAAGAGGACAGCUGACAGCUCUUCUUCAGAGGAUGAGGAGGAAUACGUCGUGGAAAAGGUGUUAGACAGGCGCAUGGUUAAGGGGCAAGUGGAGUAUCUGUUGAAGUGGAAAGGCUUUUCUGAGGAGCACAAUACUUGGGAACCUGAGAAGAACUUGGAUUGUCCUGAACUAAUUUCUGAGUUUAUGAAAAAGUAUAAGAAGAUGAAGGAGGGUGAAAACAAUAAGCCCAGGGAGAAGUCAGAAGGAAACAAGAGGAAAUCCAGUUUCUCCAGCAGUGCUGAUGAUAUCAAAUCUAAAAAAAAGAGAGAGAGCAAUGAUAUCGCUCGGGGCUUUGAGAGAGGACUGGAACCAGAAAAGAUCAUUGGGGCAACAGAUUCCUGUGGUGACUUAAUGUUCUUAAUGAAAUGGAAAGACACGGAUGAAGCCGACCUGGUUCUUGCAAAAGAAGCUAAUGUGAAAUGUCCACAAAUUGUGAUAGCAUUUUAUGAAGAGAGACUGACGUGGCAUGCAUAUCCAGAAGAUGCGGAAAACAAAGAGAAAGAGAGCUCGAAGAGCUAAAGGAGGGGGUGGUCUCUGUCAUUUCUCUUUGUAUAUAAUACGUUCACCUUCCUGCCUCCUCUCCCUUCUCCCAUCCUUUUCCAUCCUAAACACAUCCAUAAAAAUAUGUGCUUAUCACUGUGCUUCAUGGGAGAGAUGUUGGUAUUGGUUCUCUUGUAAUAUAACUGAUGGUCGGAUUCAUAAGUGUAACUCUGUGAAAAUCAGGCAUUUACAUGCCGUGUGUAAUUCCCACAGUUUUUCCUUUUACCCUGAUCUUUUUCUUCUGCUCCCCUGUAACAUUUUAAUCACCUUAUAGAGUCAUCAUCUUUUUGGGCCAGUUGCUUUUUAAGCUGGGGGAUUUUAUUACAAUGAUGAUGACUUCAGUUUCUUUUCAUUGUUAUUAGAAUGUAUUGAUGACCACCUUUGUUUGGACAUAGAAAGGAUGUUGUCCAUCUUUUAGAAAGCCUGUAGCAGUGGCCUACUUGUGUCUUUUCCCGUCUCAUCUAUCUCUGCCUGGUUUGGUCUUCUGGGCCACCCGUUUGUUCUCACCCUUCCGUAACAACUCUGCUCUUUUGAGGGCUUGAAACUUUACAUUUAAAUCUGUCAAGGCACUCUCUUUAGCCCUCAGGCUUUUGGCUUUUUUAUUAUCAAUCCCUGAUUCUGCUUCUGUAAGGUGGCAUAAAAUGACAAGAUGAACUGUGGAGUCUGUAAACUGUAGUGCAGGAGGACAGUAGGAUGAGGCCAGAUACAGUUGUCUUUGGUAUUACAUGGUAUAUAUGUAUUCUUUCCUUUCAUCCCUCAUAUUUAGACUAUAUCUAUUGAUGUAGGUAUGAGUGAUUGCCUGGGGCUUGCUUGUGCCAAGGUGCUGGGCACCCUCUAACCCUGCCAACUUUUAUGGCCUCCCAAAGCUUCCUGUUACCAAAGAGGCAUCAGAGUAAAUUCACCUCUUAGUGGACUCACAUUCCCUUAUGUGCCAUUAUUUUCAAUUGGGAAUUCUUAGAGAGAAGCCACUAGCCACAGUAUCAGUUUUUAAAUACUCACAGUAGUACUAAUCUCUAAAUUUACUGCCUCAUGACUCCUGGAUUUGCCACCAAGUCCUCAAAGUAUUAAUGUUCCUUACCUUCUCCACCCUCAGACUUUUAGUUGUAUCUUAUUUUUUAAAACUGUAUUUUCUUGGAAGACUAUCAUCUCAGAAAGUGACAGGUCUUGACAUUAACUUUUUGGCACAACCUUCUCACAAGAAACUUUCCUUUUUGGCUUACUCUUGCUUUGCUGUUAAUAUGUUCUGACCCUGCUCUGCUUUUUUGUCCUUUAAGAAAUGCCACCUUCUCUUCAUUCUUGUAUAGUUGAGGAGGCUGGAGAAUCAGGACUAAAAGUAAGGAAAUAACAGGGUUUGGAGCUAAGUACUCUUGUCCCAGCUCCAAGGCUGAGGAUAAAAGAAUAAAUGCUGAGGUAGCCUUAAUGCUAGGCUUAAUCAGCUACUGAGGCUGUUUUUGUUGUUGCUUCUGAUUCUUAUAACAUAGCUGUCUGGGUUGGAACAUCCAACCAUUUCUGGAUUAUUCAUGGUAAUGAGAGAAGUGGAUGGAGUGCUCCAGUCCACAGAUGAGCCAAAUAAUGUGCAAAUCAUAGACCCAUUCAUAGCAUUUGUUAGCUUUGCUUUUCUGCUCAAUGCUGAUUGAAUCCUGUGUGCUUGCAUAAAUAUGUCAACAGUUAGACUGCACAGCGGAGAAGACAGCUGCUGCAGUGACGAGGCAGACAGACAAUGAAGCUUUGCCCUGAGUCAGCCAGGGAGAGCCUGUGGGUGGUGAUGUGGUCAGGGAAGAGCACCUCACCCAUACCUCACAUGGGUGAGUGUUUCUCUCUCCAUAAUCCAUUGCAAGAGUUAGAGGCUAGAUCAAGUUCUGGAUAAGUGACUGUUGUCUGUACUUAACUUGAGGAAAGGAAGGAAGGGUGGUUAGAAAGCAGAUUUGCCAUAUAAACAACCAAGGAUAGUAGUAAUUAGAGUAGAUGAAAAUGAGAAAGAAUAAGCCAGAGCUCCUGGUGUGAUCUGAGUCUCUUGAUUGAAAACUGGAAGAAAGAACAACCUGUCUGGGUAGUCAGUGGUAGUGGGCUUGUAAAUUGGGGUGACAAAAUCUUUUAAAGCCAAAAUCUUAGCCUGUGGGCAAACGUAACAGUACAUAUUUGGUACUUGAUAGUAAGACUGCUCCUAAGAAGCCAGGCCUGGUGGCUUAAGCAUAUAGUCCCAGACUGUGAUACAGGAGUGUUUUAUGUUCCAGGCUUUCUGGGAAACUUAGUGAGACCCUUUCUCAAAAUAAAAAGUAUAAAAGACUGAGGAUAUAGUUUGUUGAGAGUUCAAUACUUUGUAAUGCAAAAAAGUCUAGGGAAGGAGUGGCCCUGAGAAGCCUACAGUGCAUAAUUGCUGAGACAGUAGAUGGUGUUUAACAAGAUCGUGUACUAUUUGCCAUUGUUUUAAUAAUCUUUACUCCAUCUUUUCGGUCCUCAGUUCAUGGUUUUCUGCUAAGUAUUACCAAAAUGUCCUUGUUCUUAAUAUUAUUGCUGGUUAUAUCUAGAAAUAGAGAACUGUGAUUUCAGUAUUAUCUUAAGUGUGAAGAAGUCAGACACCCGCCUGUGCCUCUAGCUUGUGUUGGUGCCAAGUAGCUUGUUUCUGCUAGAGGAUGGCAGCCUCAGAUAGAAGAAUUUCCUACAGAUUUCUUCCCUUUAAAGAGUUUGCAGCCAAAGGUGAAACACUAUUAAACACCUAAGUAUAUUUUCCUGUGUAAAUCCUUUUCAGAACUAAUUUUGUGGUAUUAGGAAUUGAACCCUGGGGUAGCUUAGACACGCCAGGCAGGUACUCUACCACUGAACUGAUAUGUGCCCCAUGCCCGACAUACACCAUUUUGUUGUAGAGCAGGCUGGCCUCACACUCAAGAUCCACUUGCCUCUGCCUCCUGAGUCCUGGGAUUUAAAGGCUGCCUUGGCCUAUUGUUUGAAAGUUUUAUAUACCAGGCUAGCCCCAACUUGUGGUAUAGUCAGAGGUGACCUUGAAUUCUUGAUCCUCCUGCCUCUGCCUCCCAAUCCCAAGGAUUACAAGUGUGCCACCAUGCCUGGGUCUCUCAGCCCCGUUUUAAAAUUUUUAUUUUGAGACUGGCCCUUCAAAGUUACUAAUGUUAGAUGGGUAUGGUGGUGCACACCUUUAAUCCCAGCAUUUAGGAGGCAGAGCAGGUGGAUCUCUGAAUUGGAGGCCAGCCUGGUCUAUAUAGUGAGUUCUAGGCCCGCCAAGGUUUUAUAGACCCUAAUCUCAAAAGGAAUAUAAAGAAAAGGAUACCUAGGCCAGCCUCAAACUUAGGGUCUUUUUGUAUCAGUUGUGAGGAACCAUACCUAACUCAAUAUUUUUUUAAAGUUAAUUACUUUAUGUAUAUGGGAUUUCUGUCUGCAGAUAAGUCUGUACACCAUGUGCAUGCCUAGUUCCCUAGGAGACCAGAAGAGAGCCAUAUCCCCUGGGAUAGGAGUGAGCCACUAUGUGGGUAUUGAGAAUCAAAUCCUUGUUCCCUGCAAAAGUAGUCAGUGCUCUUAACUGCUGAGCCAUCUCCCCAGCCCCUCAAAUCAUGUUUUUUGUUUGGUUUUGGUUUUUUGAGACUGGGUUUCUUUGUUUAGCCCGAAGUUGCUUGGUAAGCUCACCUCAAACUCACAGAGAUCUGCCUCUGCCUCCUUAGUGAUGAGAUUAAAGGAGUGCACCCACUGCUGGGCUCGGAACAUCUUCCUGAACCUGAAUUUCUUUAAUUUAUUUUUUUUCCUGUGUAGCUCUGGAUGUUUCUUGCUGGCUUCACCCUCCAAUAGGCAUGUCACCAAGAGCAUGUUGCCAGCUUGACACAAAAGCAGAGAUGAACGGGGUAACCCACCAACUUGACACUGUGCUGUUCACAUUCCCACAACAUUAGCACACAUCAAUAUUGGUUUCAUUCAACAAACAUUUUGGUUCAGGAUACAAAAUUUAUCACCGUUGCCUCUCAGAGAACUUUGAUAACGGUGUGGGAUGAUGGUCUUUACAGUCUUGUAUGUAAAUAACUACACAUACAUAAGUUUCUGGUUUGGGGUAGAACAGUCCAGUGUACAGAAGGACGAGUCUUGGGCGGGCGGUUCAGUGGCAGAGUGCUAGUGGAACAUUCAUGGAGCCCUGGGUUCCUACAGGGAACCUUGGAGUGGAAAGACCUGUGGUCUUAGAUGAACUGAGUUUCUGGCCAUGGGGGCAUUGCAGAAAAUAAAGAGGAUACAGCUGAGAACCUUCUUCAGCUCUUUUGGACUCUGCCAAAACAUGAAUGCCACUCAUGGUUGCUUUGCUUGUGGACAGCAUUGCCUGCAUUACAGGUGCCUUUGUGUGCUGUGCUAUGGGUCCUUAUUUUAGCAAGUUGUUCACACUCUUCAAUUUCUCACCCCUUUUGGAGAAAUCAACAUGAGGCUGGCUUUAAAGCCCAAAGCAUACCAUCUAAUGACAGGCUUUGGCUUUUUUGUUUGUUUUUGGGUUUUUCAAGACAGGGUUUCUCUGUGUAGCUUUGCACCUUUCCUGGAACUCACUCUGAUCCUCCCGAGUGCUGGGAUUAAGAUGUAUGUAUAUAAGAUAUACCGCCCAGCGAUAGGCUUUGUUAAAGCUUAGGGACCAUCUGCCUCUGGGUCAGGCACUGCCAGUCAUUUCUAAGCAGCACCUGUGUAGCGUAUGUGAAAACCUCCAGAAACACGUCCCGGCUCCUCAGGCUUCUUCUGUCCAAGGAGGUGGACCAUGAAGCCCCUCCCAGUUAAAGCUCUCAUUCUGACUCGAAAACAAGAAAAAGAUCAUAGCUCCACCUGGAUAAUUGGCUCACUUCAGAAGUCAGAAUUCCCAGGAAUUCAACUAACUGUUCUAGAAGGUUAAAAUGUGAAGUUUCUUGUUUCUUCUUUGCUUAUGUUGACCUUUUUUUGGAUUUUAAUCUACCUCUUAUUUUUGUAUUGCCACUUGGGCAUCAAGCUUGACUUUGGCCUAAGACGGUAGAUCUUCUGUUCGUUGACAGUUCGUUCAUUCUCUUGCCUUUUCUCUUGGCCCUCACUUCACCUAACAUCAUCUUCCAUUGCUCCUGUCAGAAAUAUGUUUUAAAGUCUUUUUUUAUGGGAAGAAGUAAUCCACCGCUGCUGUUUGUCUCUGAGGUCGAUGAGAGAAGGGGCUGAAAGACAGUGGUGGAGGAAGGCAGAUCCUGCACUGGAGGCAGAAGCUGACAAGGGAAGAGCCAUUAAUUAAAGACAAUUUCAAAGUCAACUGAUUGUGAUCAUUAAUGUCACAAUAGAUCAAAACCUAAUUAUCACAGCCUAGGUAAGAGCCAUCAGUAUUAAUCGGAAAAUCUAAUAGGAAACUAUUAUCAGGAAAUUAGGCCAAAUUGAAUGCAAUGAACUUUUUAUCAUUCUCUUUUUGGUAAUGUUCCUUGGCAUUGGCAGGUGUGACCCUAACAGUUGGUCCAAGCCCAAAUUGAUAGUUUCACUUUUUGGUUUUUCGAGACAGGGUUUCUCUGUGUGUCUUUGUGCCUUUCCUGGAUCUUGCUCUGUAGACCAGGCUGGCCUGGAACUCGCAGAGAUCCACCUGCCUCUGAUAGUUUCACUUUUAAAGAGCUUUUUUUUUUUUUUUUUUCCCCCAGGCUGGCCCCAGUACUUAGUCUUCCUGCCUCAGCCUUCAGAGCACUAGGGUUUUGAGGGGGUGGGUGUAUUCAGGCUUAAUGUGUGUGCAGGGGGUGGGGUUUGAACUCAGGGCCUUGUACAUUCUAGACAAGUGCUCUACCACUGAGCUAUAUUCCUAGCUCAAAGAGUAUUUUGUUAGGGGAGUUUUUAGACAGACUGAAUCCGAACUGUCAUUGCUGAAACACUACCAUUUGUCCAGUGUAAUCAGCCAUCAGUGGAAUAUAUAUAUAUACAUGUAUCUUAAAGUCUUGGAGAGCCCAUGGUGAACAUUGUGUGAUGUGUCACUACGCCAUCCCUCAAGUUCUUGUUCAAUGUAGAGUUUUUCACUGGCUACCAUGAAGGCUGUGGGAGGAAGAACAUGUCCUGCUUUGAAAUUCUUAGAGAACUCCUAAAAAGAUCGUUUCCUUUGUGACAACAUUCUCAAGAUGUAAGUCAGUGUUUUCCAGCUCUGGCAGGUUCUCCCCCCACCCCCACCCCCACCCCCACCCCCAUAGUUUUAAGAUAGGAACAUAAUGAUUUCCCACCAGAAUGGGGGGGGGGGGCUCAACUGGUUUCUGUCCGCCUUGUUGGUUUGUUUCUGUUUUCUGUGUUACAAGUUAUAUCUCUGGCAGCGGGAGGAGCCAUCACUAUAUCCUUAAGCUGUAUGUGAAGAUGCCGCCACUCUUGGGUGAGAUGAGGCAGACUGUAGAAAGGUGUUUCCUUUGGUUGUCACAGGAGGAAUACCAGACUAGAAGGCAUUAGAAUCAUGGACACUUUACCUGCUCUUGGGCUCAGCCCUGCAGCCCUGCUGUGCUUCAGUUGCUCAGUACUGCUUACUGAUCCUAUGUGGAAGGGCCAUGCUGCUUUCUGCAUUUUUGGAACCUGGAUUAUUUUACUCAGUUGACUGAGAAAUCAAUGUCUUAAUACUUCACUUGUUAAAUGAAUUUUAGUGUUUAAAAUGCAACCUGAUUUUCAAAGUGGCACUAACUAAGGUGGUCUUCAGAAGCAAGGCUCCUUGGGUUACUCCAGGUGAGCAACAGCCCUCAUGUAACAGUCCGAUGGUUGCCCUCAUCUGGCUGCAGUGAGGUGACUGAAAGCAAAAUGUUCUAAUGGAUACUGACUGUGCCAGCCUCCCCACUUGGUCUUAAUGGCUGACCUUGGGCAAGUCUUUCCUUUCAAUGCCUCAGUUCCCCAUCUGUCAAAUGGGGUAAUAAUACUGACCUACCUCAUGGGGUGUUGUGAGGCAUUACAGAUCAGAACUGAUGACUCCUUUGGGGUUGCCUGUGGAGGAUGCCUUGAGUUGACAUUUUUUUAGCCCUCACUGAACUGUUUCCAAGUUUGGAAGUACUUAGUGACCUUGGCAAGUUUCUGCCCCUCCACCCCUCAUCAAAGCUGCUAGUUCAGAUGUUGACAGUGUUUUGUGAAUGUUGGAGUCUUGAUAGUUCAGACUAUCUUGGGAUGUUAGAGUAGGCACUAGGGUUUUGUGCCUUGCAUUCACCAAGAGGCUGUUUGAAACUCAAGAAUCUUGGGUUAGAGAAUCAUGAGGCAAGAAUGUUACAGCAUUUCUUUCUCUGUAGGUUGGGAGUUAAGCACCUAUUCCCAUGGACUUACAACCACUUCUGUCCAUGAGCAAAGCAACCCUGGUAGUUUGGAUUUAUAUUAUUUCUUUCAUUUUCCAGACCGGUCCCAGGAUAGUGAGAUCACUGUUCCUCUGUGCUCCUAAGCCUCUGCUUCUCGUAGAAACCACAUGGUUCAAUCAACAUAACCUUCCAUCUGCCACCAUUGGUUCUCAAGGCUUCAUCCAGUUCACUGUGUGUGGAAUCUGUCACCUCUUUCCCAGUGUCCACAGUCUGACCCUGACUGAGGACAUCUUGGACACUUGUUUGCCCACUUAUGGGCUCAAGAGCCUUAUUCUUUCCGUCUCACUUAGGGGCUAAGGCAGCCCCUAGCUCUUCCAGACAGGGCUCUUUCCCUUUUCCCUCCUUGACCCUGGAUUGGUAACCCGUGAAAAAGCACAAGGUCCUGGCUCCCUGGAGGCACUCUCCAGUUGUGUUAGGUGUACUCUGCUCCUAAGGGGGGUCCUGGGGGCGGUGCGGUUCUUUGGAGUUCUAGAGGAUGGAGAAGGAGCAGUCUCAUGUUCUGCCAAGUAGUAGCCAGCAGUUGCCUUACCCCUGCCUGCUGGCCAUGUUCCCACCUCCUAGAAUGGGCUUUCAGAGACCCUAGAGCUGGCUUUCCUCAGCAUUGUGCCAUUCUGAGUAGGAAGCAGGUCAUACCUUGUAGCACGUGUCUGAAUGGAAGUGAGACAUUGAAUUCUCUGUGGACUUUUGGUUUGUGGGGGAGUUUUGGUUGCGUUUCUUGGUUUUAUUUCAGCCAAACUCGUCUGCUUUUGAUUUCUUUAAAGGAUAAAUGUUCUAUAUAUGUUUGCAUUUUAAGUGUAAAUGUUUUUAAAAAUAGACAUUUAUGUCUUUCUACAACUGACAUCCAAUUCAGACAUCAUUCUCCACCCCCCUUCCACCCUCUUUCCCUCCCUUUUCAUACUCUUGUAUUGAUUCUAAUAAACGGUUGCUUUUCAAAUAUG